AUGAAAGUGAAGAUCAUAAAUGACUAUGAAGCUGGUAAAAAAGUUAAUGCAAUAGCACAGGACGUGAAUCUGGCACAUUCAACCAUUUCAACCAUCCUGAAGGACAAAGACAGAGUGAAGGAGGCAGUGAAAACAUCAACAGGUUUUAAAGACAUAAUAACUAGGCAGCGGAAAGACCUCAUCCAUGACAUGGAAAAAUGAUUGGCUAUCUGGUUUGAUGACCAAAUGCAAAAAAGAAUGCCAAUGAGUCUUUCAAUAAUUCAAGCCAAGGCACUCAGUAUCUUCAAGACUUUGAAGGCAAGUGAAGUUGAAGAGUCGACUGAAACUUUCACAACAAGUCAUGGGUGGUUUCAGAGGUUUUGUCGCAGAUUUAACCUGCAUAAUCGGAGUGUCAGUGGUGAGGCGGCAAGUGCAUAUGUAGAAGCAGCAGAAAAAUUUCUUGACCAAUUUGAUAAAAUCAUAGAGAAAGGCGGCUACUGUCCAGAACAAAUCUUCAAUGUGGAUGAAACCGGACUUUUUUGGAAGAAAAUGCCUGAAAGGUCCUACAUACACAAAGAAGCUAAAACAAUGCCUGGCUUCAAGGCUUUUAAGGACAGGGUCACAUUGUUGUUGGGAGGAAAUGUUACUGGGUUCAAGUUGAAGCCUUUACUCAUCUAUCGGUCUGAGAACCCACGUGCAUUGAAGAACGUUAGUAAGCACACAUUGCCCGUUUACUAUCGAGCAAACAACAAGGCAUGGAUGACGCAAGCUUUAUUUGAAGAUUGGUUCAAUAACUGCUUUACACCCUCGGUGAAGCAUUACUGUCUGGAAAAGGGCGUUCCCUUUAAAAUCAUCCUUCUGCUUGAUAAUGCUCAAGGCCACCCCCAGCAUCUUGAUGAUCUACACCCAGAUGUAAAGGUAGUGUAUCUGCCUAAAAACACAACUGCUAUCCUUCAGCCAAUGGACCAGGGGGCUAUAGCUACAUUAAAGGCAUACUAUUUGCGCACAACUUUUUCCAAAGCUGUAACAACAACAGAAAACAAUGAAGUAACCCUUCGUGAUUUCUGGAAAUCAUACAAUAUUUUAGAGUGCAUUAAGAACAUUGCAUCAGCUUGGGAAGGAGUGACAGAAAAGUGUAUGCAAGGCAUAUGGAAAAAAUGCCUAAAACGUUUUGUGCAUACAUCAGAAGCAUUUGACAAAGAUGAACAUGUCAACCUUAUAAACGAAACAACUGUGGAACUUGCUAACGAGCUUAAUUUUGAGGUUGAACUGCAAGAUAUUAAAGAAUUAGUGGAAUAUACUGAGGGAGAGCUAAGUAAGGAAGAUUUAAUAGAGUUGGAAGCACAGCAACACUUAGAAAAGGAGGAAGAAGAAGAGGAAAGAAUUGAAGAAGUACCAAAGAACUUCACUGCAAAGGGAUUAGCGGGUGUGUUCUCAAAAGUGAAUGCAGCUAUGUUAGAACUGGAAGCUAUGGAUCCGAUUGUUGAACGGUUCACAAAAGUGGAACAGCAAAUAAGUGAACUUAUACGUUGCUAUCGUGAAAUUUAUGAAGCAAAAAAGAAAAUGACAAAACAGACCACACUAACGGGAUUUUUCUCUAAAACUACACCCAGGGCCCUUAUUACUAGUUCUUCCAUUUCUACUUCAUCAUCUCCCGGGCCUUCUACAUCUCCUGAUCAGAAUUCCAAUGAUGACGAUACCUUUUUAGGAUUCAAAGACUUACAGGCAACCGAUUCGUUUAACGACCUAGUCGUAGGAGCGGAACACGGUCGCUAA